GUCCGCUCGUUUGUGCUAAGCUAGGUAUCCCACAAUGCAUCUCGGGAAACGAAAACAGCAGUGAAUGGCUGCAGAGCGACUCGGAGCUUCUCAGUGAGGAACAUCUGUUAUACGGAUCGGCGUUUUUUAGCUUAUUUUACGUCGCUUUUUUACUCGAAAAUGAAGUGAAAUUUAGAUGCUAGAUGUGUGAACAGUGUGAGGUUAAAAAUGAGCCGAGAAAGGAGUCGGUUCUGAGGUAAUAUUCCGUGUUUAUUCGGUGUAAUGAGAUGAAACCGGCUGCUGAGAUUAGCACUGAUCUGAGAUCUCAUUCUCUUCUGUACAUCACUGGCUUUAUUCUUAUAUGGAUUACAAGACAAGCGAAUUAAUACACUGUGUGUGAUCGAAGAGAGGAGGAAGACGAAGAGGAGGAAGAGGAGGAGGAAGAAGGAGGAAGAGGAGGAUAUUUUUCUUUCCAGCUGGGGAAUGAUAAUAUGUCAAGACGAAAACAGACCAACCCUUUUAAAGUGAAUUGUAGGUAUCACAGGGCCGUUUCACAUGACAGGCUUCUCUGGCCUACAACACGCUUCGGAGAUGGAGGCGAAAGAUGACUUUGCUGAAAACCCCGCGUGCCACAGCGCCGGCUGCGGAGACCUGGACGAGCAGGACGUCAGCACCGAUGACAGCGACAGCGACCUGGACAAAGAGAACUCCUCCGGUUCUUCUGCCGACGACAACAUGGCGUGUCACAAGGCGAGUCAGUGCAACGUUCAUGGCGGAAGCAUGAAGGAGGAGAGCGAGAGGGAGUCAGACCUGGGGGGGAAUUAUUCAUGCCCCAUCUGUACCCUGGAGUUCGGCAGCCCUGAUCAACUCAUUGCACAUGUCUACCAGCACACGUCGGCGGUGGGUGGCAGUAAGAGUUACGUGUGUCCGGUAUGCGGUCGAGCUCUCAGCUCACCCGGCUCUCUCGGUCGUCACCUCCUCAUUCAUUCAGACGACCGACUCUCCAACUGUGCCGUGUGUGGAGCUCGCUUCACCGACACCAACAACUUCAACAGAGAAAAGCUAAAAGAGUUCCUCAGUGCCAGUGAUUUAGAGAGCAGCAGUGGAGAUCAGACCUGCUCCAUGGUCCAGUCAGUGUCUGAUGGUCACAUGUCCAUCCACAGCGUCAAUCACGGAGCGUCUGCAGGCUCAGGCUUCCCCCCGCUCCCGGGCAGCCUCCUGUCCUCAGAAUCUGCUCUGCCGUCUUUCCCCGACAGCCUCAACCCACUUCCUGACUUGUUAAACCCCAUGCCCGUGUAUCCGGCAGGUGUGCUGCUGGUGUGUAACAGCUGUGCGGCGUACCAGCAUCUGGCAGACAGUCCGUCUUCUGCCAUGAGGAAUUGGGCUUCGCGGCGCAGGAACGAACCGACCGACGUGCGGAUGCAGCGGCUGGAGCGCGAACGCGUGGCCAAGAAGAGCAAGCGUGAGCGCGAGACGCCUGAGGAACGUGAGUUGAGACGGCUACGUGACCGUGAGGCUAAGCGAAUGCAGCGACUGCAGGAGACGCAGGAACAGCGAGCUCGACGGCUGCAGCGAGACCGUGAGGCCAUGCGCCUCAAACGUGCCACUGAGACGCCUGAAAGGAGACAAGCACGGCUGGUGCGUGAACGAGAGGCUAAGAGACUCAAGCGGCGACUCGAUAAACUCGAACCGGCGCUGCGCGCACAGAUCGAGCACGAUCCUGCCGCCGUGGCCGCGCUCACCGCCGACGUGAACCUCUUCCAGUUCCCGUUCCCCGUCCCCGUCUCCUCCAUGGACAACGGGCUGUUUAUGAAACUUCCCUAAUCCGACUGAAACGCACACGGACUGGCGAGCGCAUCAGAUUUCUUCUCAUGUGCAAUAAGAUCAGAUUCUUAUUAAGACUGCUUUGAAACGGUCACAUGAUCACUGGUCAGAAGCUUAUUUAAGUUUAUUUAUAAGCAGGUGACGUUUGAUCCGAGGUGAAGAUAGAGAUGCUAAGUCUAUUGAGUGGGGGGGAGGCGACACCUUCCCUUUGCAGAGUUCUAUUUAUUUUUCUGGUGAUUUAGAGCAUCAGUAGCUGUGCUGUUUUCACCUGAGCACAAACAGACACUCCGUUAUUUAUACACGACAGCAGGGUAAAGACGUUUCAAGUCCCUGCCUUAGGAACAAGCAUGUUUUAGAGAUCUAGUUUGCAUGUGGGCCUCCAUGGAGGUGGAAGAGACGUGCAGCCACGCCCUCGCAGCCACGCCCUCUAAUUGGCAGGAGUUUACCUGUAGCUAUGACUCCUCCUCCCUGCUGGAGCUCCGAUCCACAGAUUCAACUACCUCGACUCUGGACUGCUCUGUGCUCGAACCUCUUCUGUCUGGACUGCAGGGACUCAACACAUACCACCCCCCCCACCCCCCUCUCUAGCUCUCUCUCACACACACACACACACACAAAGGAACACAGUGGUGUUGGUGCAAAGCUGCUUCCAUAACGAUUUCGUAGUAACCGUCAGAGUUUGUUGAAAAAAUUAUGUUCUAGAACGUAGUCAUGAAUCGACCAAUAGGAGACAGUUGUGGGCGGGACUUCGAGCAAAACGCCCAUCCUACUACACUGAAAUUCCUGAAAUAUUGCAUAUAACUUUACACUGAAAUGUUGCGUUUGCAUAAAAACGCUGACCAGGUAGCAGUCAAAGAUUUAUUUUUUAAACAAAUAUUUGCAAAUCGGUGCGGUUUACAGGUCAUGUGUUAUGCAGCGCCCUCUAGUGUCCUAUUCGUUUUUAUUCUUUAUUAUUUCUUCUGUUACUCUUCUCCACUGUUUACACCAUACUAUGCUGCUGAAUCUUGGAUUCUGAUUGGUCAGAAGGUGUUGAUUCGUCAUCUUUAACAGAAGCGCAGAUUUCUAUUAAUGCACUCAUCCUGAUACAGAUCGAUGACUGCGACUCGGACGGCAGACGCCGUACUGACGUUAAAGGCGCGUAAGGAGACGUUUCUUCAGCGUUUACGGAAGGAGUCUCCGGUGUCGGAGCUUUGGAACAGUCAGGAAGUGAAGCUGGGGGUUCGAUCGUCAUUGUGAAAGCAGCUUUAUGCACCGCUACGUUCUUUAAGUUCGUGCUCUUCCUCUCUGAAAAGAGGAAAUGCCACGGACACACACACACACACACACACACACACACACACACACACACACAAUGUCUAUGCUAAAACCAUGGAAACAGAGCAGUCCACUCUGAACUCUUUGGCUUGUGGUAAACUCGAAACCUCCGUACUGAUCUACAGAACAAACAGACACACACACACGGGUUCCUACUUCUCUCAGGGAUGUCGAGGGUGAUGCGGUUUGUCCUCGCAGCCUGAGAGAGAAGAGAAAAGAAGAGGAGAGGAACGAAGAGAAGCAGUUUUUCUCCUCUUCCUCUUCCUCCUGCAUCUCCUCUUUCACGCUGCACUCGAGACCAUCGAGAGAAACACUGCCUGGUCCUCGCUCUCGCUCUCACUUCGGUUAUUUCAUCCACACCGACCUGCUCCGCUGCUUUCUCUCACUUCUACACCUUGUCCUCGACGCCGUGGCGCUCGACCGGCUCCGGCUCUGGCUCUCUGUCUGCGUGCCUCGUGGCGUGCACGUGAACUCUCGUAACGCAGUUCUAGUCCAGUCUCUGUAGACAUGAUCGAUGCUAAACGAAUGCUGAUGUUGCCUUCGUCACUGGAGAUUUUUUUAAUGUUCUGCUUUUAUAUCCAGACAGGCAUGAUGAGUUCUGUUUAAAAUGAUUAUUAUUAUUAUUAUUAUUAUUAUUAUUGUUGUGUAGAAAAAACCUUAGAUUGCAUGAAAGUCGGGGAACGCAGAUCUGAGCGCGUUUGUGUCGGACGGACGAUUCACUGGAUUUCGAUGCAUUUCAUCAACAGUUGAAUUAAACGUAUAGAUAUUUAUUAAAGCUGCUGUAAGCGACGUGAACCGCUGAAGAAGGCCACGCCUUUCCCUAACCAUAGAACUACCAAUUGCAGAUAUAUUAUUCCCAUCGUAUAUGAUUUUCUUAUACACGAUAAGAACCAAUAAUUUUUUUUUAAUUACAAAAUAAUCAAAUCAGGAAAACCUUUAUGCUUUAAAUUCAGCUAAACUAGCUAGCUAACAUCCUCACACCUGACUAGCGCUACACCGAGCAGUCGUCACCGAAACGGCUAAAAAAUACAGAGCUAGCUUAAAAAAAAAAAAAAGCUAUUAAACAGGUCGCUAAUACACACCAAGCCAUCAAGCUGUAACUGGGAUGAAUUUAUUUUCCACCUUCCUGCUAACGCGGACCGGCGUUUUUGUACCGGAACUUUCCGAUUUUGCGCUUUCGGCUCCGCGUCCGAUCCCUCGCUAGCUGUCAGUUUUAGCGACGGCCGUCCGGAUGUAAAUAGCCGAAGUGUUCUUAAGAGUCGAUUACAGCAGCUUCGGGUCCUGUUUACACGAGUCGAACUUCUCCACACCUCUUGAGAGAUACCUCUGGAAUAACAGGGUCACGGAAUACGUUCUGCUUUACUGGAUACCGUAUGGGUUGUUUUUUUUUCUCCUCUUUCCUCCAUUCCGAUUCUUUAUUCCAGUCAUUAGUGGGGGGAAAAACCUCUGACAUGCCAGAUGUAGUUUACAGAUGAUUGUGAUGAGUGUUUUAUUGUGAUGAGUGUUUUUGUUUGUUUGUUCUGGAUGGAUGAUGAAUACGUGGGUAAAAUUUCACUAUGCAACGAUUCUGUACUUCAGACCCUGUAAAUCUGGACACUUUGUAUUUGUUACUAUGCAGCUGAAAGGUGAAGGUGAAAGGACAAGGGAUUGUAUGCAGCAAACACACACACACACAAAAACGUUUAACUAGACGGUAAAAUUGAUGUAUAGAUCUUGAAGCCCAUGUGUUUUGUGGAAACGCCUCAAGUUUUGAUUGAUGGUGUAAAACCUAAGCUUUUCUUCUUAUGAUGAUGAUGAUUAUUAUUAUUUAAAUAUCUUUCGUAUCAGCGGUUCCUGGGCUCCUAAAAUAAAAAAGCUUGGAACUCAUUAAAAUGCCCUUAUAGGGUUAGUUCUGUCCUGAGCUCACAGGUUCUCAGCCCUGCUCCUGGAGAAGCCUCCUGUCAUGUUGAGCUCUCGAACUUCACUUCACUUCGACUCUGGUGUUAAUGAGCUGAUGAAUUGACAGCAGCGAAACUUCACUCAGGACAGGAGGACGUUCAGGACCGUGUGGAGAAAUCUUAAGGAACAUCUGAAAAACACUCUUACGAGAACGACGUGACGUCACUGUGGAGCGAAAGUCGUUUCGUUGUUUAUUUCUACAGCGACAGCAACGCCGCCACCUGCAGCAACGGAGGAAUCGUACAACAGAGAACAGAUCGAUUUUGCACAAAUACGACAAAUACUUUGCCGAAAACUUUUAACUUUAUAUAUAUAUUUUUUUUAUAUUGUUAUUAAUCACAUAUAACGAAAAUCCUCCUGUUCUCACGACGAUCUGGAAUCCAAACGCAGUUCCUGUUCUGACGAGUCCACACUAUUAUUCAAAAGAAAGACCAGAGAUUUUAAGAAACACAGGGUUUAAUGAGUGAUGGGGUGUGUGUGUGUGUUUUUUUUUUUUUUUGGGGGGGGGGGGGGAUUGUUAUUGAAUGCAUUUAUAAUGAAAUUUGACACGUGCAUGAUGCUAUUUUAGAUGCUUGUGUUCUGUUCUCUGCCUGCUUCGUUCUUUAGCUCUGUAUCAAGGGACCUAACGAUAAAUUGACUUUUUUUUAUAUAUAUAAAUAUAAUAUUUUGGUUAGUAUUUCAGGAGAACAAAGCUCUUGACCACGUUUACAAACACGUCUACAAACGCCAAAACGACUCACGUGUCGGCUUCCACGUCUCGCAGACGCACGCCUUCCUAUGGAUUUAGUAGAAUCUGCUCAAUCGGAGCCUCCCGUUUCUCGAAGCGCUCGUCCGACUGGCCGAGGGACACGAGCACGUGAAAUGAGACAGAAGCGAAUGAGAGGGAGGCUGCGUUUCAUCUCGCCCUUACAGAAAGCCAUUCUCUGUUACUGGAUUAACAGAUUCAAAUGUCAGGAUGAAACUGGGAUCAAUAAACGUUGACCUUGCUGCAAAA